AUGUACGGUUAUGUUCCAGAUAGCACACUCCCAUACCUUGCGCAGCUUUCCAUAAAUGCAAGUGUCCUGGGCAUAAUCACAGGAGGUUGUAGGAAAGGCGAUGCAGCAGUCAGACGACCCGGCGGUACCAACGAACAGCGCAAAGCACGCAAGGAGCGAAGGACUAUCCAGGACGCGGAGUGGUACAUUCGAGAAUUUCAACUGAUAAGCUGGCGAGAGUGGACUGCAGCGGGAAGCCAUGGGCGAGUGCAUGUCAGCAGGCCAGAGACUGAACGCGUCGAAAUAAAAGUGCGAAUCGCACAGAAAGUGGAGCAUACGAAUAAGAACAUUGAACAUCAGAAAUCGCUGUAUGUGCGGGACAAACGGCGUGACAUCAUCGAUGACGGAGAGGGACUCUUCCACCUCCUUGUCCGUCACGGGCUCAGUGUCCAGACUGAAACGCAACAAAUCCGGAAUAUAUUCUGCUCGUCGGUGAUGUCAAACUGCUGCUUUUUCCGGCGAAGAAAUCUCCAGUUACAAAGGCAUCAUGCUGGGGAUACCGGCCGCGUCGUCACCGAUGCCUCCGCAACUCAGCUGAGUCAAGUUGAGACACAAGGAGGCAUUUUUGAUUAUGCGGAAUUUGGUCCAGACCCGCCCGUUGUUGCCCGAUUGAGUGCACAAUCAUUGAAUCAAGGUCCACAUAUAGACUCGUGGACAAAUACACAGCUUGCGCAAACACAGAGACCGCAGUGCUUACGUACGCAGGCCUCGACCAACGGGGAUGCUCUGGCCUAUUAUGGUCAAGCACCGCAUUGCAAUGUAGUCAGCGGUGGGAGAGCCGAAUGGGGAAAAAUAAAGCAGAUUACAGAAAAGACAGGACGAGACAAGGCGGAGUGGAAGGAGUCUCGACCGCUUAGCGCUCGUUGUUGUGUUGUCCAGUUGUCACCGGGAUCAGCGUUUGUUUGGUUUCGAGGACCCCCGGAACCUCCGUUUGCGUCACGCCCUGUUACGAACGGGACGUUUGUGGUGCGGAUCCGGCUAGGUCCAAGCCAAUCGGGAAGGGAGUCUCACCAGCGCCCUGUUGCAUCUGCACACCCCCUCAAGCGCAUACGACGUCUGCCUCCGCCUCCUAGGAAAAAACGAAAGGACGAGCGGCCUCGUCCGCUGGCCGCACACGCACACACCAACACCGACACCCGUUAG